CAUAACUGGAUGCCACCAUCUGAGACUCAGCAAAGCCAGAUGUAAUUUCAACACCAAAAGCCCUUUGACUUGUGGGGUUUUUGCAGCAGACCAGAAACCAUGUUUCAUGGCUGUAUUAAAUAACACUUUGUCAGAUCUGGAUACUGAAACAUUUUCGUCCUCAAGCAGAUGUUUCUUAUCAUCACUUACACCAACUCAUUUGUUUUCUUCAGAGAAGAACAAUACACUGAAUUUGACUGGUAGAUGUUUCGAAAGAAGGUGUGAAGGAGACAAAUACUAUGUACGAGUGCAGGGUGGGGAAUGGCUACUAUGUAAUUCUGAAUCACAUAUCCAGGUUGAGGGUUUUAAUGGUACCUUGGUAUGUGCAAGUUAUGAAGUUAUUUGUUCCGACUUCAUCCACCCAGAGCCAUCAUUAGAUGCAGUAACAUCAACCCAAGGAUAUAUUUCUUACCCCAGCCUGCAUAAAGCAGCACAAGGUUCAGCAAAUUCUUGGAAAAAAUCAGAGAUUUCAUUUGUUUCUUCAGAUACCUUAACAAGUUCAGCACAAUUUUACUUUUGUCCAGUAAAUUUACUUGUAAGGGCCAUCAUAAGUUCUUUAGUUUUGCUUUUUUCUUGA